AUGGCGGGGAUAUUAACAUGUCUAGCGCUACUUUGUCUUAUCUGUGUAAGUGCAGCGUUUGAGAAACGAAUUAAAAAGCCCAUCGACUGUGAUAGGAGAGAGGUUAGGUUUCGCGGUGGCCACAAGUACCUCUACCAUUACAGCACCACAGUAGAGACGAGUUUUGUGGGGACGACAAAGUCUAAAUCCGCUUUUAAACUUAACUGUGAUGUAGUGGUGGAAGCUAGGAGGAAGUGUGAAGCUUAUAUGAAUGUGACGACAUGUUCGCUAUAUCACAGACAACCGGGAGACGCUGAUUUGUAUCUUAAAGAUGCAGUUUUAUCAGAAGAUAUAACAAGUCUUCUAGGGAGGGAGCUGUACUUCCAGUUUGGUAGUGGGACGAUUCGUCCACACACUAUUGUGGUGGAUCAGGUAGAAACAAAUGACGCUCUCAACAUAAAGCGUGGGAUUCUGUCAGCACUUCAGAUCAAACUCGUCACAGAGGAACCCGGAAACCAGACACAUACCAUGGAAACGGAGGACUUGUUUGGGUCCUGUCCUACCGAGUACAUAGUUGAGACUCCGAACAGGAUACACACAUCCAGAGACAUCACCAAGUGUCAGGUUCCCCAAUACAACUACCGCCAAAACAACCUGAUAUCCAUGAUCAAGAGCGUCUACGGGGGCUAUGUCCACGGUGUGAUUGACGAGUUGAUUUAUCCAUUCAACUCAUCUAUUAAAUGUGAACACACGACAGGAAAAAAACACAGACUUGAAGAAACAAAAUGUCUACAGCAACAACUGUUUCGUCCUUUCGCACACGAAGAAACUAUAAUUGCUACAUGUAUGACCAAUGUAAGGUAA